AUGAAUUACCCCGAGUCUAACAAUGACUCUACAAACUAUGGUUCAACACGAAAUCAUUCAGGCCACGAAUACUCAGUGAGACAAGCUUAUAAGGACGGUGGCAUAAAAGCUGGGGCGGUGAGAGCGGUGCGCCUCGCUUAUGGCAUCAUCUCCAGGCGUAAGGCAGCCGAGGAGGGCGUAGCCCGGCUCGCUCGGGUGCUGUCCGCCCUCGACCUGACCGCCCUGGGGGUGGGUAGCACCCUUGGUGUGGGGGUGUACGUGCUGGCAGGCGACGUGGCGAAGAACUACGCUGGCCCUGCGGUCAUACUCUCCUUCCUACUGGCCGCCGUGGCCAGCGUGUUCGCUGGCCUCUGCUACGCGGAGUUCGGGGCCCGCGUUCCCAAGGCGGGCUCGGCUUACGUCUACAGUUACGUGUGCGUCGGCGAGUUCAUAGCGUUCAUCAUCGGAUGGAACCUUAUACUCGAGUACAUAAUAGGGGCCGCGUCGGUGGUGAAGGCGCUAAGUGAGUAUCUAGACUCGCUGCUCGACAAGGCGAUGUCCACCAGCCUGGAGGCCGCGAUGCCCCUCAACACCCCCCACUUGGCCAGGUACCCGGACCUGUUCGCCUUCGCGGUCAUCAUGGUCUUCUCCGUGGCUCUGGCCCUCGGAGUGAAGGAGUCCACCAAGUUCAACAACCUGUGCACUGGAGUCAACCUGUGCGUGGUCCUCUUCGUCAUAAUAUCCGGGUCCUUCAAAGCCGACACGAAGAACUGGCGCAUCCCCGCCUCGGAGGUGCCGAAGUCUCAGAAGAAGGACUUCGGCAGCGGCGGCUUCGCCCCCUACGGGCUGGCGGGCAUCAUCAAGGGCGCCGCCGUCUGCUUCUACGGCUUCAUUGGGUUCGACUGCGUGGCGACGGCGGGCGAGGAGGCGCGCAGGCCGCAGAAGAGCAUCCCCUUCGCGGUGGUGGCCUCGCUGCUCGUCGUGUUCCUGGCCUACUGCGGCGUCUCCUCCGUGCUCACGCUCAUGCUGCCCUACUACAUGCAGGACGAGAAGGCGCCGUUCCCGUUCGUGUACGACCAGCUGGGCUGGUCCUGGGCCAAGUACGCGGUCAGCGUCGGCGCCAUCUGCGCCCUCUGCUCCAGCCUGCUGGGCGCGGUGUUCCCGCUGCCGCGCAUCAUCUACGCCAUGGCGUCGGACGGGCUGCUGUUCCGCUUCCUGGGCGCGGUGAGCGAGCGCUUCCAGACGCCGCUCGCCGGCACCCUGCUGGCCGGACUCCUCACCGGCACACUGGCCAUGAUCUUCGAGCUGGAACAGCUGAUCCACAUGAUGUCGAUUGGGACGUUGCUGGCCUACUCCAUGGUUGCCUCUUGUGUUUUGCUGCUCAGGUACGAGAUGGGCGGGGCGUCGACGCGCGGGGCCGAGCCGCUGCGCUGGUCUACGCGCGCCGCGCUACGGCAGCUACGCAACGCGGACGCGCACGCCACGCCCACGCGCCUCAGCGCCGCGCUCGUAGCCAUUCUCGUAGCGCUCUACGGCGUUUGGUGCUUCGUGCUGAUGGUGAGCGUGAACCAGCACGGCGACGCCAUCCUGGCCGGAGAGCCUCUCGCCGUGGCCAUCUGCUGCUCCGGCGCCGCGCUGGUGCUGGCCACGCUCUGGGCGCUCUCGCGGCAGCCCGUCUCCGAGAAGAAGCUCGCCUUCUCGGUGCCCCUGGUGCCGUGGCUGCCCGGCCUGAGCAUCCUCAUCAACGUGUACCUGAUGCUGAACCUGGACUACAUGACGUGGCUGCGCUUCGGCGUCUGGAUCGCGGCAGGUCGGUACCCCCUGGCCAGCUCUCUAAGGCUAUUAGCGCCGCUCUCGUCUCUGCUCUCCGUUCCAGAUUUCCGUACAGAUGAA